AUGCCUCUCAAGAACGAUUCUUUCCCCUCCUCCGGCGCGUUCGACGUGAUCAACGAGACCCUGCAGGCCGACCAGAACGAGAAGAAGAAUGCUGUCGACCAGGCCAAGGCCAUCGUCGCCUUCAACCUGAAGAACGAGAAGGGCGAGGAGAAGAGCUGGUACCUCGACCUGAAGAACAAGGGCGAGGUUGGUGAGGGUGCCGCUCCCGAGGGCGGCAAGGCUGAUGUUACCCUCUCCCUUUCCGAUGCCGACUUUGCCCAGCUCGUGGCCGGCAAGGCCAACGCCCAGCGCCUGUUCAUGGGUGGCAAGCUCAAGAUCAAGGGCAACAUCAUGAAGGCCACCAAGAUGGAGCCCAUCCUCAAGAAGGCUCAGGGCGGCAAGGCCAAGCUGUAA